AUGCUAAUUAAAGUGAAGACACUGACCAGAGAGGAGACUGAGAUUAACACUGAAUCCACAGACAAGGUGGGACAAAUCAAGGAGCGUGUGGAGGAGAAAGAGGGACUCCCUCGACAACAGCAGUGGCUCAUCUACAGAGGCAACCAGAUGAAUGAUGGGAAGACAGCUGCUGAUUACAAGACACUGGGUGGUUCCAUCCUCCACCUGGGUUUGGCUCUGAGAGGAUGGGGUGGUCUUAGGCAGUGA